UGAGGAUGGACAACGCUGAACUGAACCACAGCGACAAAAUUACAGCUCCAGGAAAACUGCUGGAUGAGAUGUGUCAUCUGACGGCUCAGUCCCUCACACCAAUGCUCACAUCAGAGCGCUUCAAGGUCCUAAAGCUCCUGGGUGAAGGCUCGUAUGGCAAAGUCAUGCUGGCUGUACACAGGAAGACAGGAACUCCGAUGGCUCUGAAGUUCUUCCCUCGGAAGUCCACCUCUCUCAUCUCUUUCCUGAGGGAGUAUAAUAUCUCACUGUCCUUCUGUUCCCACCCGUCUCUGACCAGAGCUCUGGGAAUCGCCUACUCCACACCAUCACAAUACGUCUUUGCUCAGCAAGCCAGCCUCUUUGGCGAUCUCUUCGACAUCAUCUUGCCUGAGGUUGGCGUGGAGGAGGACUGCUGUCAGCGUGUGGUGUCCCAGCUCUGCGGUGCUCUGACACAUCUGCAUGCCCUCGGUUUUGUCCAUAGAGACGUCAAACCAGAGAAUGUCUUCCUGUGCGACUCCGCCUGCCGCUGGGUCAAACUGGGAGACUUUGGCAUGGUGAAAGCCAGGGGCAGCAGGAUCCCGGAGGUCUGGUACAGCUCACCCUACUGCACUCCUGAGGCCGAGGUCGCUCAAGGAAGUGAGGACAGCAGCAUGAAUGAUGGGAAUGAUGGCAGUAAGAAGAAGUCAAGAGUUUGGGUGUCUGUGGAGCCCAGCACAGAUAGCUGGGCGCUGGGCAUCCUGACCUACGCUAUGCUCACAGGCAGCCAUCCCUGGGCUAAGACAGCCAGCGACUGCCACGCAUACCUGAAAUAUCUGGAAUGGUUCGACAGAGCAAAAGGCCCUGAAGGUGAACUGGAUGCGAGCAUACAUGAUGCCACUGAUUUAAACGAAGCAGGACUGGACAAGAAGAACCACCCUCCCAUUGCACCCCAGUUCUCCUGCCUCACCCCACUAGCCUGCUCCUUCUUCCACUUGCUUCUUGAACCGAGUCCCCAGCUUCGUGGACGACCUGAGGACGCGCUGAGCUACCUCGGAGGGGACUGGCUGGUGGAGAAGGAGAGGGUGAGGCUGGAGGAGGAGAGGAAGAAGAACAAAAGUGCGGUCAGGAACAUGAAAAAGAUGGAGUGGAAAGGAGAACGAUAAACUAUUGGUCUGCAGACUAUUGAUCAGUUUUAUAAGUACAAUGUGUUCUUCCAGAGUUCUGCUUAUUUUUUUUAUUGCUAAUUGGGAUUGUAAACAUACUGCAUAGUUUCAUACUUUUCAAAAAUAACCCCGAUUGUGGUCAAACUCCAUAAACUGUUAACUAGUCAGACAGUCAGUCAGAUUUGAAUGGAAAAGAAAGCAGGGUCCUUCAGCAUGUAGGAGGCCACUUUGGAAAAGCUCCUCCUUGUUAAAUAAAAACAAAAUGGUUUAUUGGAAAUCUAGCUUUAUUUUGAGAAACAGUUGGACUAGGGCCAAAGGUUUUCAUUAGGGCCUCGUUUAUCCUGCCAAUUACUUGUUUACUUUAGCAAUGUGUUUUAAAUAUAUCAGACUGAAAAUGUGUAGCUGCUGCAGUUCUGGGUAUUAUUUGUGUUUAGUGGGAUUAGGGGUUAAUCUUAGCUGUAAUACCAUCCUUUCCUCAACAGAGAUACCUUCGAUAGUGCACUGCUAUAUUUGGGUCUGGACCUGUGAGGGUAUAAUAGGUCACAGUCGGCUGUGAGCUGUACGUAGCCGGCUGCAGUAGUGGCCACAUAUACAUGUUGGGUACAAACUAGAGAUCCAGUUUUAAUGCAGCCGGUUUCAAGUUGAACGGAUGUCACCUUACUCAGCGGCACUUUCUGAAAGUAAAGAUUUAUCAGUUCUAAAUGUGUUGGGAGCACUUGCACUGUUCCACUGUGAAAGCAGUCACUAGCCUGUAACUUUAAGAUGGCGUCAUUUUUGUAUUUUAGCAGCUCACUGCUGUUGUGGCACUUUAUAUUCUGUAUUUUGUACUCAUAGUUUU